AUGUCAAAAGUAGUAUCAUCAUCAUCAUCAUCAACAACUUUGCAACAUCAACCAUCAUCAACAUCACCACCUCCACCAGUCGUUGAUCAACUGUCAAAUGUUGAAAAUUCAUCAUCCACUACCAAUAAAGAUGGAGGAGUAGGAGGAGAAUUAAAUUACUCUCGCAAUCAACAACAACAACAACAACGUAGUAAUAAUAAUAAUAGUUUUAAAAAUAACAAAUCAAAUAAUAAUAAUAAUAAUAACAAGAUGAACUAUGGUCAACAACCAAACAACAACAACAAUAAUAAUAAUGCUAAUAAUAACUCAAACUCUUCCACUGCGACAAGACCAUCAUACAACCAAAACAAAAAAAAGUCGGCUUCUCCAUCUUUGGUUCCAAUGCAAAGGGGACAAGUUGACCUGGGUGUUUAUGCUACUGCUCCGAUCAUUAAUGAUUCCAUCUCAAGUCAUACCUCUUUUGGUGUUGUAGACAUCCCUCAGACCCAUACUACUACUGUUCCACCAACCACUAUUGUUGCUGCUGCUGCUGGUAAUGGUACUACUAUUCCAUCAACAACAACAACAACAAGAGAUAGAGACCGUGGAUUAGGAGGAGGUGCAAGAAGAAGAGCUGGUCCAGGUGCUCAUUCUCCAACCACUCCAAAUCCAAAAACGUUGACAAAGAUUGAAGAAUCAGUUCAAACAAUGACAACAACCACCACAGGAACAAGCCAAGGUCAAUCCUAUGCAUCUGUAGUUGCUUCGAGUACUACUCCUUCUUCCCAGUAUGCAACAGGUGAAUCGUCAUCAUUGUCGUCGUCGUCGUCAUCAUCUUCAUCAACUUUAUCUCCACCACCACCCUUACCAUUACCAAUUCCAACUGGAUCCAUGGACAAUUAUCAAAUUGGUAAACAACAUAACAACAACAAUCCAAAUUUCCAAAAGAAGAGAAAUAAUAAUAAUAAUUAUCAUAACAACAACAACAACAACAAUCCCAACAAUCAAAAUAUGAAUAGAAAACAUCAUGAUAAUUUAAAUAAUAAUAUGUAUGAUCCAAACCGUAAACAAUAUCAAAACAACAAAUACCAUCAUCACCAACACCAACACCACCAACACCACCAACACCACAACCAAUACCAACAACAAAACUAUCAAUCUCAACAACAACAACCCAUUCAACUCCAAGAUAAUCAAUAUGCUUAUAUUCCAAAAUCAUCGUAUGAAUAUUCAGAGGGUGGAUCACCAACUCAAGAUCAAUCACAAACACCAAUAUUAUUGGAUGAAGAACCAAAUGAUUCGAAUCUUGAUCAGUCAGUCCCAACAUCAUCCAUGUCUGCUUUGAACCUUGUCAGUAGUACCAAUAGUGCAACCACCACUGCCACCUCACCAUCACCCCUCUCUUCAUCCAUUUCAACUCCACCUUCAAUUGUAGAAAUGCUUGAGGAUUGUGCCGAUGGACAAAUGUAUCAUGCAGUUUCAAAGUCUGAUAGUUCAAAUUGUCUUUUGAAUUUGGGUGGUGAUGGUAAUACAACAAUAACAACUUCUCCCUCUUCUGAAAUGAAUAUUAUUUCUUCUUCUGGUGAAGUUGUUGUCAAUGACAACACUCAAAACUUGUCUCCACCACAUUCUCCAACAUCAACUAGAAAAGGUCAAAAGUUGAAUAAAAAACAACAACAUCAACAAAAACAACAAGCUCAACAACAACAAACUACUCAACAAUCACAACAGUACCAACAUGAACAUCAAACUACUCAACACCAACACCAACAAUCAUCUUAUACAUAUUAUCCACAACAUCAACAACCACACCAACAACAACACUAUUAUCAACCUGUAUAUUACCAAUACCCAGACCCAUCAAAUGGCAAUUAUUACUCUCCCUAUCCAACUAUGUAUUACAAUCCAUAUUACAGUGAUCCAUAUCAAAAGUAUCAACAACACCAACACCAACAACCAUCUCAACAGCAACAACGUCAUCAACAUCAGUCAUUGUCUCCAAACCAAAACCAAAACCAAAACCAUCACCAUCAACAACAACAGCAACAACAAUAUUACAUGGUUCCACAACACUAUAAUUAUAAUAAUUAUUAUCCACAACAACAAGACAAUCGUCAUCUUUAUUCAAUGCAACAACCACAAUCACCACAAUCAUAUUCAAAUCAUUAUCAACAACCAUCAUCCCCACCACAACAACAACAACAACAGCAACAACAACCACCACCAAAUGUACAUAAUAAUAAUAGAUAUCAAACAAACAAUGUUGAAGGUAGAAAACCAAAAUACAACAAAAACUGGGAUCCAUCAAAGAAGGGACCAAAAACAAAGUACCAACAUUAUCAACAACCAUAUUACAAAACACAAAAUGUAGGAAUGGAAUAUGAUAAUAAUCAAGUUGCCAUUGUUGAAUAUCAAGAAUCAAAUGAAUUGGACCAACAACAUCAACAAAACCAACAUAUUGAAGCUGCUCCAUCCAUCUCUACUACAACAACAGUCUAA